AGACCAUGUGAAAGUCAGACCGACUCAGAUUAUGAUCUGAUUAUUAAACAUUUAAAUAAAUAUAAAGUUAUUUAAUGCUUUUUGAGUCUCGUAAUCAGACAUGUCUAAUCUCUAUAAGCGGCUGUGGGAUGUAUGUCGAUGCCAGGCUGGUUUUCCACUCAGACUGGUACACCGGUGUAAGAGCGCAGCGGCGGCGGCGUCCGUGUCGGUGCAGCCGGAGUUCCUGGGUGGAAAUCCACACCGUAAACACCCCGGAGUCACCAACCUAAAAACCCUCCGCCUGCCCCGCCCGCUACAGACCGGAGCGCUGUCUCUCAUCCACAAAUCGGAGGUGAAGGAUUUGGCGGAGAGGGCGCACAGACUCACCAACUUCCUGUGGAGCAGGAAACGAGCGGUGGAGACCCAGGAGCUGAGAGAGAGAGCCGCCGCCCUGGAGAAGCAAUGGAUGGAGAAGGAGAACGAACCACAGCGGGAUGAGGACGAGGUUUUGUUCGAGGCCCGGAUCAGGACCAAGGUUCUGGCGGAGCUGAAGAGGACGACGUAUCACUGGACCCCUCUGAAGUACGACGCAGAUUUGGGCGUGGUCUACAUGGCUGCCCGGUUGGCGGGAGGCUACGCUGCAGUUUUGCGGGCGCUUCAUGAGAUAAAGAAGCGAGACCCGGCCUUCGCUCCACGCUCCCUGCUGGAUUUCGGAUCGGGACUGGGAACGGUGCUCUGGGCGUCGCAUGAGCUCUGGGGGGAUUCGAUAAACGAACACGUGUGUGUCGACGCCUCUGGAGCCAUGAACACGCUAGCAGAGCGGCUACUCACCGAGGGCGGCGGGGGUGAAGACCCACACAUCCAGCACGUUUACUUCCGUCAGUUCCUCCCGGUCUCUCCGAAGGUCCAGUCUGACCUGGUGACGGCUGCGUUCUCGUUAUCUGAAUUAACCACGCAGAAGGACCGGGAGGACACGGUGCUCACGCUCUGGAGGAAAACCCACAACUACCUGGUUCUGGUGGAAAAUGGAACUAAAGAAGGUCACCAGAUCCUGAUGGAGGCCAGAGAUCUUCUACUAAAGAGAGAAGACAGAGUGACCCAUGAUGACCGGAGGCCGGUGAUCUUCGCUCCUUGCACCCAUGAACUGCCGUGUCCCAAACUACUGAAGGAGUCCGUCGUCCCCUGUAACUUCCUGCAGCCGCACUACCCACUUCCUGUCCCCGGGAGCGGUGAUCCGGUGCGGGAGAAGUUCUCGUACCUGGUGGUGUCCCGGGCGCAGGAGCAGGACUCGGAGGGGCGAGUACGGUGGGGCAGACUGAUCUCGCCCGUCCACCGCAGGCCGAGACACGUCCAGUGCCAGAUCUGCUGCUCUACCGGAGAACUCCAGCAGCUCGCCGUCACCGCACGCCAUCAUGGAAGAGACGCGUACCGCUGCGCCCGGAGCAGCGACUGGGGGGACCGGCUACCGCUCGUCCACACGGGGGAGCAGAACCUCCACACAGACGACUAGAUCAGGACCAGGAAAACGUUUAACUCUUCUUUACACCGGACAGUGGCGGAUUCUUUUAUGCAUAUCCACUUCUGCCUUCUGCUGGCUGAUCGACGGUGCUGCACAGCUCUUUGGUCCAUGCUCGAUACGGAUCUCCUUAUGAACUCUGGUGCAGGUGAAAAGAUGUAGUCACGACCUUCCUCGGUCAGGAGUGAAGGUCUAAAAUACACUCGGGUAAUUGGAUAUGACCAGAUUCAGAUUAAGCAGAAAAUGAAGUGAGUGUGUGUGUGUGUGUAGUCGUGCCGUCUGUAUAUUUUUGACCCAGUAAAAGAAAAGAAAGAUCAGA